ACUAGCUAGGAUGUACUUCGUAUAGGCUGAGAAAAGGUAUAUAAAGACCCUCGAAUCCUCACCCAUCCAGGACUCAUCAUCAACCUCAAUCUACUACUAUCCUAUCCAAAGUUUACCAUAACAAACAACAACUACAGAAUCAAAUCAAAAUGCACCUCUCCCUCCUCGCCCUUGCAACCACCACCCUAGCCACCGCUGCUUCAGCCGUUGGCAACGCAGUCGUCACAAACAACUGCGCAGACCCCAUCUACCUCUGGUCCGUCGGCUCCUCCGUCUCCCCCAAACACACCAUUCCCUCCGGCGCCAACUACACCGAGCCCUUCCACCACGACGACCAAUCCGGCGGCAUCGCGCUGAAAAUCACCCGCACUGAUAACGGGCUGUACGAUGGGAGCCCACAGUUAACUUACUCGUACUCUAUUGAUGGGGAGAGCGUGUGGUAUGAUUUGUCGAGUGUGUUUGGGGAUGCGUUUGAGGGGGAUGCGGUUGUUGUGAAGCCUGAGGAUGAGGGAUGUGGGAGUAUUUGUUGGCCUGAGGGGACUACGCCCGGCGGGAGUCAGGUUAAGACUUGCGGGGCUGGGGGGGAUGUUGGGUUGGUUGUUUGUGCGGAGGGUUGCUAGGUUAACUGGAUGAGGGUUGGGUUGGAUGUAUGAGGGAAAGGAUAUGGAUUGUUUAUGUGUUAUGUACUU